AUGAAUCAAGAGGGCUACUUCAACUCCUUGAUUUCAAAUACAAGAAUAGGAGACAAAAGCAAUGCCUCUGAAUCAUUGCACUCCAGCCCGCUUCACAGCUCUUCCAUUUACCAUCAGCAAGGCAACCUAGGUAGCUCCAUGGAUUCAAGCUCGAGUUUUUUCCAAUACCAAAAUAUGAACCACUCCGGAGCAAUCAUCAACCCGCUACUGAAGACACUGGAAUUCAUUGGCGCUAAGAGUCCAGAUACGCCUAGCGCUGCCUCUGUCAUGUACAAGUUACGAAAACUGAUCAAUGCCGAGAAGAAGGUUCUGAAAAGAAGGCACGAAUUUUUGAGCGGUGUUUCUCAUUGGGUAAAUGUAUUGAAUAACCCUGAGAACAAACGCUUGUUGGUUGAAUUUAGUCGGAUAGCAGAGUUGCAAGGCAGACUUGAUGAGGAAAUGAUCAGAAAGAAGGAAAAUAUUAAUCUGCAGUUAUACCAUGUGUCUCAGAGAGAAUCAAAAUCCGCAGAACUCAAGCUCAAAAGAGCAAGAACUUUCAAGCAACUUAGAGAUCAGGAGCGCAAAAUUGGCGAUAAUCACAAUACCUGUUUGUCGAGAGAGGCAUUGGAAGAGCUAAACAUCUCCAUUGAAGUAGUCGAUGAGCAGCUGAUCAAAUCCAUCAACACUUCAUUGCAAGGCUCUUUGGUAGACUACGUCCUAAGUAUGCAAAGUGUCUCUACCGAUAUCAAAGAUGGUUGCAAUGAAUUUUUUGAAUAUCUGAAUGCCGAUUCUAUUUACAAUUGUCGCAAAAGUUACUUAUUGGACGACUCAUCUGAUAAGAUCCAGUAUCUUGGCUCGAGAGAAACAUCGGAAAAUAAGGAGAACCAAUACAAGGGCCGACCAGAAAGUGUCAAGCCUGCUGGAAGCAAGAAGAAAAAAUACAUGAGUUUGGUCAACCCGACUGGUCCAACUGAAGUUCGAGCAAGCACUGAACACUUGACUGGCCAUGAGCUAAAAGAAGAACUGGGGACGUUACAAACUCAGCCUCUUAAAUGUCCAGAUUGUGGGUGCCAGCUCAAAAAUGAACACACCCAACAUUCAAGUGUGUGCUCCUAUUCUAAACAGGGCUUAAACGAUCCACCUGGGUCCUCCCAAAGUCUUGCUAUGCCGGGAAGGCUAGGGAUCCGCAUACCUAGCGUUUUGAAGUCUCGGGCAGGUGAAGGAUGGUAG